AUGGACCCCUUAUCGCUUGCCACUAGUGUCGCUGGCCUCGCCAGCCUUGCGCUUCAGAUUGGCCCCUCAUUGCGCGAGUAUUUCUCCGAUGUUAGAGACGCGCGAAAAGAUGUCGCACGAUACUGUAAUGAGAUAGAUGGAUUGUUCGAGGUGUGUAAGCAGUUGCAAAAUUUUCUGAAAACGGACACUGCAGAUGCCUUCAAGACUACUGAGUCUGUUCUCUGUCGGACGGUUGUUUUGUGCGAGGGCUGCCUGUGCGAGCUGGCAAAGUUGCUAGAUGUUCCCAGGGAAGAGGGACACAGUGCUGCACACUGGAUCAAAAGAAUGAAGUGGCCUAUAUACAAGAAGCAAGUAGAGGGCAUCAUUUCGCGGCUGGCAAGAUACACGCAGCUCUUUCAGUUUGCAUUAACCGUAGAAGGAUGCGCCGUUUUGUCGCGUACUCCAGAGGAUGUUUCAGUGAUUCUCAAGCUUCAACGUGAUACUUCCAGCAAACUUCAUGAUGUGACCAAAGAUAUUGCGGCACUCAGGGUAUCCGCAGAAGAGUAUCGCAGUACGGCAGAUAAAACGGCAUCUAUGCUGGAAAGCGUGCAUUUUCUGAAAGAGCCCUCACAGCGGCUAUUGAACAUUCAAGAAAGCGUAGGAAGAAUCGGAAAUCAACUUACUGAUCGUCUAGAUAGAGAGAUUCUAGAUUGGCUAUCAUUUGAGCAAGCUCACGGAAGACACCAUGAGGUCCGAUCUCGACGCACCCCUGGCACAGGAAAAUGGAUUCUGAACACUCCAGCUUUCCAAACAUGGAUGAAUAAUGCAUGCCCGGAGCAAUUAUUAUGGAUUGUGGGUGCUCCAGGAUGCGGAAAAUCGACGUUGGUUUCCUUGAUCAUCGACGAGCUCAAGGGUCUACAGGCUAGCAACAAUGCACCAAUUGCCUAUUACUACUGUGAUUAUCGCACCCAAGUGACGCAACCUUUGACUCUCGCCUUGGGCCAUAUUCUCCGGCUGCUGGUAGAGCGACUGUCACUGCUGCCAGGAUCACUCCGGGAAUUGUUCGAAAGUUGUCGCCGGGAGGGCCGUGGUCCUUCACCAUUGGAAUUGGAACACCUUAUCUGCGACGUUCUGCCUUGUCAAUCUUCUUAUAUCUUGGUUGACGCAAUGGAUGAGUUCAGCGUCAAUGAUCCAGCGCAGACAGCCCAAUUUACGAAAGUACUGGACAGCUUCGCGGUGACGGGUGCUCGGGUUCUGCUGACAAGUCGGACUCUUCCAACGCCAUCUCUCAGUGCUAGUCAUAUAGUCGAAACACAUACGGCUUCUAACUCUGAUAUACGAAGCUUUGUGGCUCAUGAGCUUUAUGCAGACGACCUAAUGGUCGACAUUUUGAACAACGAGCUGGAGGCAGAGAUUAUGAGUACUAUCACGGAGCAAUCCCAGGGAAUGUUUCUCCUUGCUGUUCUCUAUAUCCGAACUAUCCGAGGUCAGGUAUCGCGAUCCGGCAUCCGAAAGGCACUAUCAGGGCUCAGUGGCAACCUGAGUGAUGCAUAUGACAAGACAUUUCAAGCCAUCAAGCAACAGUCUGGACCUCGACAGCUACUUGCUCUCAAAACUAUGAUGUGGGUAUCGUCAUCGCAUCGACCACUUCGCGGUAUUGAGCUAAGGCACGCUCUUGCGGCACGCCUUGAAGAUAAGGACUUAGAUUUCGAUAACAUUCCCCCACUAAGACUUAUUGUACGCAGUUGUUGCGGUCUUGUCUCAGUGAAUGACCUGAGUAACGAUGAUUCUGAGGUUCGUCUGGUUCAUCACACAUUAUAUCAGUAUUUGCAUUCUCAACAGGAAUGGAUGUGCCAUGCACAUACUGUUAUAACGCAAACAUGUUUGUCGUAUCUCCUUUUCGAGUCACUACGUAUACCAAGAGACAGACGAAGUCAACCGAACGAAUACCCGGAUGAAAAGUGCCAAUUCCAACCUACAGAAAACGAGGGUUUGGCUCUCACUAGGUUCGCUCGUGAUCACUGGGGCUAUCAUGCCAACCAUUCUCCUCUGAAAAGCUACAAGCAGCUAGCGGUGCGGCUUCUCACAGAUAACAAGCGUCUUCAAACGCUCUAUCCGGAAAACAAACAUAUAAUUGGACUCCACAUAGCCGCGGCCUUUGGCCAUAAUAUGCUGAUCGACACUCUAAUCAAACGUGGCCAGGACGUCAAUGCAAAGGAUUCCAGCUUGGAAAUCCCGCUUCAUAAAGCUUGUAUAAAGAAUAAUAACAACACUGCGCUCUUCCUGAUUCAGCGUGGCGCCAGACAGAAUUUGAUGGGUUUCAAGUGCUCCACGCCACUCUUCAUUGCUGUCGAAAAUAAGAAUCUAGAGCUUACAAAACUCUUGAUUGCGAACGGAGCUAUUGUUAAUAUGCCAUGCAAAGAUUGCUGGACAGUCCUUCACAAGGCCGCUGAUAUGGGGGACCUUGAAAUUGUUAAGUAUCUCAUCAAUAACGGCAGCACAACAAGUGAGACCUCGACACAAGGCCUUACGGCGUUGCAUCGCGCGGCGGGACGAGGUCAUCUUAAUGUUAUGCAAUUUUUGCUGGAGAUAGAAAAAACGCAAAUUGAUCCGGUGACAUCGGAUGGAUGGACGCCAUUACAUGGUGCCGCAUCGAGUGGACAGCACGGUGCUACCCUGAUGUUGAUACGCCUUGGCGCUAAUAUACAUCAUAGCAGCCAUGAUGGUUGGACACCGUUGCACCGCUCUGUGCAGGGUGGCUAUCCUGAUACUGUUCAAGUGUUGCUCUCACACGAAGCGGAUGUAAAAAGAGCAGAUCGACAAGGUAAUCUGCCGUUACAUAUUGCUGCACGUGAGGGCCAUGUCACGAUCAUUCAUCAGCUACUCGAGAGAGAUCUACGGCAGUUGUCUUGUUCAAAUUUAGACGGUUGGACGCCGUUGCAUGAAGCACAGCUUACUGGGUCUCAUGCUGCGGAGAGUUGCUUGCAACGAUAUGGAAAGCUCAUGAGUAAUGCCGAUAAUACUCCGGAGACUGAAGAUAAUACCCUUGUGAAGGCCUUGCAAUCAGAUGAUGCCGAUACAAUUGAGGCCCUCAUUAACUCAUCAAAGCACGCCGAAGGACUCAUUGGAAUCGAAGAUCGUGAUUCUCGUGGUCGGACGCUCCUUCAUCGGUCCUUGCUAGUAGGCUCAUAUGGUACUGCGUCAACGCUAAUAGCAAAUGGUGCCGAUGUCCAUGCCAGAUCUGCGAAUGGUGGUUGGCAAGCAAUCCAUUAUGCGGCGCUCUCGGGCAAUGCACAAGCCGUGCAGCUUUGUCUAGACCAUAGUGCAGAUGCAAACUGCCGUACUGACUUUGGGAAGACACCACUGCAUCAUGCCUGUCAAAACGGGAAUGGGGAAACAGUGCAGCUUCUACUGGAUUACACCGUCGAUAUUACAAGGACGGAUGAGCAGAACUGGACCCCAAUUCACUAUGUUGCAGCCGCGGGCCACAGAAAAGCCUUGGAGUUAAUUUUAUUCAGCGGGAAGCUUAAUGGUAAGGAGAUACACUGGUCUAACUUACAGACUUGUGCGGCCAAGCGAGGACACCAUGAACUGGUCGAAAUAUUUCGAAAUCUGAGAUACUCAUUGUGA